AUGACGAAGGACACACAUCAAAGGUCUCUCGUUGGCGUCAUUGGCGGAAGUGGCCUGUAUCACCUCGACAACCUCACCUUCGUGAAGAAGCUCGAGCUUGACACGCCCUGGGGACGCCCGUCUUCGGCCAUCACCAUCUUCGCCCUCCCCUCAGGCACCAAUGUCGCCUUCAUCGCGCGCCACGGCCCGCACCACAUGAUCCCCCCAUCCAGCGUCCCCUCCCGCGCGAACAUCGCCGCACUCAAGUACCUCGGCGUGCGCGCCAUCAUCGCGUUCAGCGCGGUCGGCUCUCUCCGCGAGGAGAUCGCGCCGGGGCACGUCGCGCUGCCGACGCAGCUCAUCGACCGCACCAAGGGCAUCCGCCCCGCGAGCUUCUUCGAGGGCACAUCGGUCGUCGCGCACGCGCAGUUUGGCGACCCCGUCAGCGUGAAGUUUGUCAAGUGGCUCGAGGAGAGGGUGCAGAAGGCGCUGGACGACGAGGGGCGGGGUACGGUGCUGCAUAAGGAUAAGACGCUCGUGUGCAUGGAGGGUCCGCAGUUCUCGACGAGGGCGGAGAGUAACAUGUACAGAGCCUGGGGAGGCGAUCUCAUCAACAUGAGUGCCUUACCCGAGGCCAAGCUUGCGCGUGAGGCCGAGCUCAGUUACGCCAUCAUCGCCACCGCGACCGACUAUGACUCAUGGCGUAUGGAAUCCGACGCCGUUACGGCCCACGAUGUCCUCCAGGUACUGAAGCAAAACGCGGAGACGUCAAAGCACGUCGCCGCGUACGUGCUCGAGGAGCUGCACCACGCGCUCGAGGAAAACCUGCUCAACGAGGAGGUCGGCGGCAUGCGCAACUCGAUCAUGCCCCGGUCGGACGCGCAACCCGAGGAGGACAUCCACAAGCUCGCGUUUGUCCUGCCAGAAUACUUCGGUUAGACCCGGAUAGAUGAGUGUUUACGGCGUGCUAUAUAUCCUAUAAAUGUUGCGAUUAUAUAUCAAUGAAUCAGAAUGUAGAACGACGGAGCGGCAUGACGCUCCAAAGCGAUGUUAACUUGUGCAUUAACAUUAGUACCG